AUGUCAUGGGGCCAUGCUACCAGCACUGAUCUCACACACUGGGAUGAACAGCCCGUUGCUCUUCUGGCUCGAGGUUUCCCCCACAAUGUGACUGAGAUGUAUUUCACCGGAAGCAUGGCAAUUGACACGAACAAUACCAGUGGAUUUGGCGUCGAUGGCAAGGUCCCUUUGGUAGCUGUUUAUACUUCCUACUACCCUAUGACACAAACGCUGCAAAGUGGGAAAAAUAUCCGCUUGGGUCAACAAUCACAGUCAAUUGCUUAUAGUCUUGACAGCGGCAUGACUUGGACAACGUAUGAUGCUGGCAAUCCUGUUAUUCAGGAUCCACCUGCACCUUACGAAGAUCAAUAUGAGAACUUCCGUGACCCUUUCGUCUUCUGGCACGAGCAAACUCAGAAAUGGGUCCUUCUUACAUCUUUGGCUGAGAUUCACAAGCUCGUUAUCUGGACUUCUGAUAACCUGAAAGAGUGGUCCGUCGCAAGUGAAUUUGGGCCUUUCAAUGGCGUUGGGGGUGUAUGGGAAUGUCCCAACCUCUUUCCACUUCCGGUCGACAACGAUGACGCUGCCGAGAAGUGGGUAUUAGUAGUCGGACUGAAUCCUGGAGGUCCUCCUGGCACGGUCGGAUCCGGAAAUCAAUACUUUAUCGGAGACUUCAAUGGCACGGCCUUUAUCCCAGACUCAGAAACUCUUCAUGCUGGGAACAGCACUUCAAACUGGCUAGACUGGGGUCCAGACUAUUAUGCUUCUGCAGCGUAUAACGGCUUAAGCGACGAUCGUCAUGUUCAACUCGGCUGGAUGAAUAACUGGCAAUACGGAGAAAACAUUCCAACGUACCCUUGGCGAAGUGCUAUGACGGCUCCCCGGCACCUAUCCUUGAAAGAAAAAGAUGGACAGACAGUGCUGGUUCAAAUGCCACACGCAAACUGGGAUUUAAUUGACGACAACGAGACAAUUUCCCACUCUUGGAAUAAUUUUCAGCAGGGGACUAAAGACCUUGGGUCCAUUGGCAAAACACUGGGUAUCAGCUUAAGCUUCUCAAUUCGCGAAGGAGAUGCUUCUGGUAAGGCCGAGUUUGGAGUCAUAGUUCAUGCUUCUUUGGACUUUACGGAGCAAACGCGCAUCGGGUACAACUUCAAUGAAAAGAAGAUUUUUGUCGAUCGCAGACGCUCUGGAAAUAUCGCCUUCGAUGACACAUUUGCACGACAAUAUUUUGCACCUGUCACGCCAGAGUCUGAUGGUAAAAUAGAGCUAUGUAUUUUAGUGGAUUGGUCUAGCGUUGAGGUAUUUAGUGGUGGAAGCACAAUUACUACUCAGGUAUUCCCGGGGGAAGAUGCAACAUAUGCCCAAGUCUUCUCAUCGGGGACCAACACAGACGAAGUGUCAUUGAAAAUCUCAAAGGUUCCUUCUAUAUGGAACUAA